AACCCUCAAAAUGACUCGUUCCUUGAGAGAGGUGGUGAAGGAGUACAUGUCAGAUCGGCGAGUUCGCAAAUAUCGCCUGGUGACCAAAGACGGCCGCUGCAACAUCGAGUUCGGCAAUGUUAUGCACCGAAACCGCUUCGCCUACGUCCUCGACAUAUGGACCACCUUCGUAGAGACCCGAUGGCGGUUUGUCAUCUUGCACUUCGUGGCAUCCUUCACCCUCAGCUGGUUUAUCUUUGGCCUCCUCUGGUACUGGAUCGCCAGAGACCACGGCGACUUGAAGUGGCAGAAUCCACCCGAAAAUCACACGGCGUGCGUCUAUAGCGUCAACACCCUGACUUACGCCUUCCUCUUCUCGCUGGAGACCCAAAGCACCAUUGGUUAUGGAAAUGUGUACAUCACCGACGUCUGUCCGGGAGCCGUGGCUCUGAUUAUAAUUCAGAGUCUUAUGGGCACCAUAAUCAGCUGCUUCUGGUGCGGCGUGGUUAUGGCAAAAAUCGCUCUUCCCAAGAAGAGAGCCAAGACAAUAACCUUCAGUGACUCCGCAGUUAUCUGCCCUAAAAAGGGCACCCUUUGCCUUCAAAUCCGUGUGGCCAACCUGCGCAAGACUUUGAUGAUCGGUAGCCAGAUUUACGGCAAACUCCUGAGGACCACAGUCACCCCCGAAGGUGAGACCGUCAUCUUGGACCAGGUCAGCAUUGACUUCAUGGUGGACGCCGGCAAGGACAACCUGUUUUUCGUGUGUCCAUUGACACUAUACCACGUCAUCGACAAAACCAGCCCGUUCUUUGACAUGGCGGUGGACACUCUGCAUCAGCAGGAGUUUGAGCUCGUGGUGUUUCUCGAUGGAACGGCUGAAUCCACCAGCUCUACCUGCCAGGUCAGGACUUCCUACAUCCCUCAGGAGAUCAUGUGGGGCUACGACUUCCUCCCGAUCAUCUCCCGCAGCAAAGAGGGAAAAUACCGCGUGGACUUUUCCAACUUCGCCAAGGUGGUGCCCGUACCGACCGCUCAUUGCGCCUACUGCUACCACAACGAGGCGGGACACCAUCACCACUCCAUCGAUGGCAUCGAUAACCAGGGCUUUGAGGUGAUCGACAUCGAGACGCCCAACAUCACCAAAAUGUAA